AUGCUUCGAACACCGCCAAAUCCCACUCGUCAGGAAUCACAGGAGCAUUGGUGUGUGGCGUGCGAUAAACCUAACUCCGCCAGCGAUCUCGUCCAGUGCGAUACCUGUAACGAUUGGUGGCACCAAACGUGUGCCGGAGUCACAGGAUCGGUCGAACACCGCCCAUGGAACUGCAGAAAGUGCCUUCCAAUAGUUCCAGCAGGCAGUAUCCGUUCUCUCGGCUCAAGUGUACGAAGCAAUCGCAUCCAACUCCAGUUGCAGCAGCUUGAAGAGGAGCGCGCUCUGGAGCAACAGGCCCGCGAAUUGAAACUGCAGGCUAAACUCGAAUCCAUUCUGGCUGAAAAAAAGUACAGUAAGAAAAAAUUCGAGCUUCUUCAAGAAGAAUGCGAUGCUAUAGAUGAAGAACGCAGUGUAUGCAGUAAAAUAAGUCAAUCAGAAAAACACCAAAUGAUUGAAAAAUGGGUUGUGAAUGCAGCGAGUCCCGAAAAAAACGAUGAAAUUAGCAACACGCUUCCCAAACAAGUUGAAACGUCAAAACAAUCGACGAACAAAAAGUCAGUCCAGAAACCAGUCGUCGAUCAAAAUUCAUUGACUGUGGGAAACUUCCCUCAAUGGAAGUCUGUUGUGACUGGAAAAAGCGCAUCAAUAAUCCAGGAUCCGAAAUCGUUAGAGCAGGCUAUACCAGCGUUUUCCGAGAAGCCAUUCGAAUCAUUACCUGUCUUCCAGAACCAGGUAAAAACGAUUGUUUCGUCCACUGCUUUUUCUUCGAUUGCCUCGUAUUCAAGAGGUACACACACAGUACCAACGAAAACACCACUGGCCAUCGUGAAUGAAACGAAUUCGUUGCACUCCCCGAUUCCUUCAUCGCGUGUGAUUAAAUCGUAUCCAGCUAGAGGUACAAUGUCCUACACCGUUUUGCAACAACAUCAACAUCACGAGCCGCAUCAACAACAAAUCUUCCAACGUCAACAGAUACAGCAGUUUUAUCCAGAGGUAACGGAACCAACAAAUGUAGCAGUGCCUCAUGUGAUCCCCCCAAGUCAUCAAAAUCCAGGUGAGCCCGUUUCAUUAUUUCCCUCUGAUGGACAAGCAUCAGGACCCCAUGAAAGUAGUGCCCUCGAACCUCUUUUAAAACAGCUCGGUUUGGGCCCUAACGAACAAGUCAUAUUUACCAAUCCAUUGACCUCAUAUCAACCUACCCCCUCACAACUAGCCGCUCGACAGCUUAUGGCUCGUGACCUUCCCAUAUUUGAUGGUAAUGCAUCCGACUGGCCCAUAUUCAUAAGUAGUUUUACUAACUCUACUCUCGCUUGCGGAUAUAGUUCUACAGACAAUCUUAUUCGCUUACAAAGAUGUCUGAAAGGGGGGGCGUUGGAAGCUGUGCGAAGUAGCUUAUUACUUCCAGAGUGUGUACCUGACGUGAUAGAGACGCUCCGUAUUCUUUAUGGUCGUCCGGAAAUUUUAUUAAAAUCCUUGUUGGAAAAAAUCCGUUCGAUUCCAGCCCCCAAACCGGAAAAAUUAGAAACUUUGAUUGAUUAUGGCUUAGCCGUCAAAGGUUUGUGUGCCCAUAUGGAAGCGGCGAAUCAACAGAACCACCUUUCAAACCCAUCUUUACUUAUGGAACUUGUUGAUCGGCUACCGGCACAUUUGAAAUUAGAGUGGGCGAACUUUAGUGCUGAUAUUGUCGACGUUAAUUUGCGGAACUUCAGUACCUUUAUGACUGGUUUAGUAAGAUCGGCUAGUCGCGUUACUUUGUACAAUGGUGAAAAAUCACACACUAAGAACGUUAGUAUACACACUCAUUCUGAAUCAAACACUCCGGUUGAGUACACUCCUGUGGGUAGAGUUUGUCCUGCUUGCAGCAAAAAUCAUCGAUUAUCUGAAUGUGAAAGAUUCAAAUCACUCGACAUUGAUGAGCGUUGGAAAUUUAUCGAAACUGAAGGAGUAUGUCGAAAUUGCUUAUACAAACACGGAAAAAGAUCCUGCCGCAGCAAUAACCGUUGUGGAAUCAAUGGAUGUACCCAUCGACAUCACUCUCUGCUCCAUUCCGUCCGUUCAGCCACAACCCCUCCGCCUUGUUCCUGCAAUCGGUCUGCCAAUGUUAGCACUCAAAAUUCAAAAAUAAAUAGAACGCCGGCUUCGGGUGAAAAUCAUACCCACUACGACAUCGAUAGGUGCUUCCUUUUUCGAAUUCUCCCCGUGACUGUUUAUGCUAAUGGAAAAUCAUUGACAACCUUUGCGUUCAUAGACGAAGGCUCGUCGCUUACCCUAGUGGAAGAGACUCUUGUAAACGAGCUUGGUGUCGAAGGCACAUCCCAAGUACUGUGUAUGCGCUGGACCGGAAACGUGACACGUACAGAGCUUAAUUCCAAAGUGGUCGAUUUGACAAUAUCAGGACCAAGCUCUCUCAAAAUGAAUUUAAAGGAUACCCGCACUGUAAAGGAUCUUUCAUUACCCCGACAGUCCCUCAACUACAAAAGUUUAGCAGCACGAUAUCGACAUCUUAAAGGCCUACCUGUUGCUAGCUACUACAACGCUGUUCCUCGAAUACUGAUAGGCGUAAACAAUCUUCAUUUGACCGUUCCGUUACGCAUUAAGGAAGGUCUCAGGGAGGAUCCCACUGCAGCAAAAACCAGAUUAGGUUGGUGUGUCUACGGUGGCAUGGCGUGUGAGAAGUUGAAUGAUCAACCUGCUGAAACACCCGUCUGUUUCAUAAACUGUCACGCGUGUGAUUGCUCGAGCGAUAAAAAUCUUCACGACUUGGUUAAGAACUAUUUUGCGAAAGAAGAUGUGGGGGUUUCUCCGCCAGUUGCAUUAGAGUCUAAGGAAGACAGCAGGGCUCGUCUACUGUUGGAACAAACAACUACUAGAAUCUGUGACAGGUUUCAAACAGGAUUGUUAUGGCGGUUCGAUAACUUUGAGCUCCCCGACAGCUACCCGAUGGCCGCCAAAAGAGAAGAGUGCCUUCAACGAAAACUGAAUAAAUCUCCAGAGCUACGCAUUAAUCUUCAAAAGCAACUAGAUGAAUAUCAAAUUAAAGGAUAUGCCCAUCGAGUUACGAAAGCGGAACUCGAGGAUACAGAUCCACGUCGAGUAUGGUAUCUGCCCCUGGGGGUUGCCAUUAACCCUAGAAAACCAGAAAAGAUCCGAAUGAUUUGGGAUGCCUCAGCCACGGUGGAUGGAAUUUCACUUAAUGCAAUGCUUUUGAAGGGCCCUGACGAACUUCCUCCCUUACCUUGGAUACUAUUCCGCUUCAGGCAAUUCCCAGUGGCUGUUUCGGCGGAUAUCUCAGAAAUGUUUCAUCAGGUGAGAAUCCUUCCAGAGGAUAAACAAGCGCAACGCUUCUUAUGGCGAAAAGAUCCUAACCAAACACCGGAAAUCUUUGUAAUGGAUGUGGCAACCUUUGGUUCCACUUGUUCUCCGGCAUCCGCACAGUACAUUAAAAACAAAAAUGCACUUGAAUUUAAAGAAAACUAUCCACGGGCUGUAGAGGGAAUAGUCAAGGGUCAUUAUGUUGACGAUUACGCUGACAGCUUCGAAACGCCGGAAGAGGCAGCUAGGGUCUCUCAAGAAAUUCGAAUGAUACACUCGAAUGGUGGAUUCGAUAUCCGGGGUUGGAUUUCAAACAGCACACAAGUUCUCAACGAUUUGGGAACAAGUUCAAUACAUCAAACAAAGAAUUUGGAUCUUGAUAACAAUAAUUUCGAUCGUGUCCUUGGAAUGCAUUGGACCUCUGUGAGCGAUUCGUUGAGUUUCUCUACAACACUUCCCGUUGAAUUUCAAGAAAUAAUUUCAUUCGGGGAAAAACCAACAAAACGUCAAGUUCUAAGAUGCUUAAUGAGCUUUUUUGAUCCUUUGGGACUUCUGGCAGCCUUCAUACUCCACGGAAAGGUACUUCUCCAAGAUAUUUGGCGAUCCGGGAUAAAAUGGGAUGAAAAGAUAGACGAUCGAUGUUUCGACAAGUGGCAACAAUGGACUGAUCAAAUUCCUCUUAUUUCAAAUCUUCGUAUACCCCGAUGCUACUUUGAAGGAGUUACCCGAACGCAUUACAAGCAGCUAGAGUUACAUAUUUUCGUUGACGCUAGUGAAGACGCGUAUGCCGCAGCUGGCUAUUUCCGUGUUCCCGACUCCUCGGGUGGAUUUUCCUGUUCGCUAGUGAUGGCCAAAACAAAGGUUGCCCCCUUAAAGCACUGGUCAAUACCUCGGUUAGAACUUCAAGGAGCUGUCUUAGGUACCCGGAUUAGAACCUUUAUCGAGGACGGACACACCGUAACCGUGCAACGUGUUGUCUUCUGGACUGAUUCCAGCACUGUCCUUGCCUGGAUCCGGUCCGACCAUCGUCGAUACACGCAAUUUGUGGCCUGUCGAGUCGGAGAAAUUCUCUCUUCCACGGACGUAUCCGAGUGGCGUUGGGUACCGUCGAAAUUGAACAUCGCCGAUCAAGCAACCAAAUAUAGUGAGAAACCACAGCUUCAUCAAAACAACGAAUGGUUCAAAGGACCUCAUUUCUUACGAGACGAAGAGAUCAACUGGCCCCAACCGAGAAAAUUGCCGGCAACAACUGAGGAAUUAAAAAUCUCAUUCUGCACGCACAUAAAUAUUUCUGUUCCUCAGCCAAUUCUUGUAUUCACUAAUUUCUCAAAAUGGGAAAGACUAUUACGCACGAUGUCAUAUGUAUACCAUUUCAUAAACCUCAAACUCAAUAUAAGUAAUCCUCAUUUACAGGAAGAACUUAAAGCGGCUGAAAAUGCAAUACUGCGCCUGGCACAAUGGCAAGCUUAUCCCGUAGAAUAUGAGCGUUUAAAGCGAAAACUGGAGAAUGAGAACGUGAUCCUUGAUAAAAAUAGUGAGAUUUAUCAAUUGAACCCAUAUUUGGACGAGCAUGGAGUUAUGAGAGUUGACGGUCGCAUCGGUGCAGCGACUAACGUUUCGAAUGCAGCUAAAUUUCCUGUUAUCUUGCCGAAAUCGCAUUAUCUGUACGAUUUCAAAACGGAAAUACUCAUAAAAAUCGGUUCAGUAGUAGUUUUGAUUUUAUAUCCAAAACAAUAA